UUUACAUCCUCUCAGCUGUUCCUCGAGAAAAACAGCGCUGGAUCUUCAAAGCCACCAAAAUCCAUACAUCACACAACAGUACUGCGUUUAAAACACCAACGCCAAUGUGCAUCCACUCUGCAGCUGUUUGUUUGGCUUGUGCAAAGCGAGUCUGAGACUGAUUCAUGGCGUUAAAAAAGAUCUUGCUGUACUUGAGAAUGGUCUGAAGUGAUUUGUGUGGGACACAAGACAUCCCGAGUGGGCUUCCCUGUGGAGAAUCACUCAAACACUUCCAUCUGGAUGUGAAGACCGGAUCUGUCUCUCACCUCCUGCAUUUUUUCUUUAAGUUUUUUUGGUUUCUUUUCCAUUUAUUUGUUUUUAUUUUUUGGUGGCUGUGAGGGGAUCAUGGGUGGAGCAGUCAGUGCUGGUGAGGAUAAUGAUGAAUUGAUUGACAACCUGAAGGACGCCCAGUAUAUCCGCACAGACCGCGUCGAACAGGCCUUUAGGGCCAUAGACCGUGGAGAUUACUACCUGGAGGGCUACAGAGAAAAUGCCUAUAAAGAUCUAGCAUGGAAGAAUGGGAAUAUACACCUCUCUGCGCCAUGUAUCUAUUCGGAGGUGAUGGAGGCUUUGAAACUCCGGCAGGGUUUGUCUUUCCUUAACCUAGGCAGUGGCACGGGAUACCUGAGCACCAUGGUGGGUCUGAUCAUAGGUCCCUUUGGAGUAAAUCACGGCGUUGAGCUCCACAAGGAUGUUGUGGAAUAUGCAAAAGAAAGACUUGACGACUUCAUUAAAAACAGCGACAGCUUUGACAGGUUUGAAUUCUGUGAACCACACUUUGUAGUGGGGAACUGCCUGGAGAUUUCAUCAGACAGUCAUCAGUAUGAUCGUGUUUACUGCGGGGCUGGAGUCCAAAAAGACCAUGAGAACUACAUGAAGAUCCUGCUGAAAGUUGGAGGGAUUUUGGUCAUGCCAAUAGAUGAUCAGCUGACUCAGAUCACUAGAACCAGUCAGAGUUCCUGGGAGAGUAAGAACAUCCUGGCGGUGUCAUUUGCUCCUCUUGUUCAGCAGAGCAGGACUGACGGCAGCAAGCCUGAAGCUGUGGUUCUACCCCCUUUGACAGUGAGGAGUCUUCAGGACCUGUCACGAAUCUACAUUCGCCGAACCCUCCGCAACCUGACCAAUGACGAUAGCGGCGGCCGCAACACCAUGCAAAGAGCGUCUCAGAAGCGCAAACGCAGGCGCUGUCGGCGCCGUCGCCGAAUCAACACCUACGUCUUCGUCGGGAACCAGUUGAUUCCUCAACCCCUGGACAGCGAGGAAGACGAAUGCAUCGAAGAGGAGAGCAAAGAGGAAGAGCAGGAGAAAGACAUUGAGCCUAUCAAACCCGAGGAACCCCAAGUCAAUCACCUGAGAGACAAAAUUUUUAGUCUGCCGCUACCCGAGUCGUUGAAAGCGUACCUGCUGUACUACCGCGAGAAAUAACAGCGCACAUAACCGCUCAUUCAAUCUACGAAUUAAUUGGUGGUGGUGGUUUUCCUCUGACAUCUUCUGGCCCCGAAUUUCAGUUUUUUUGUUCACAUUUUGAAUGUGAUUUUUGAGGAUGGAGGACCUAAUGAGGACCUUUGGUGGUUGAAAAGCUUCUAGCUCACCUUGUUUGUAUUCAGAGAAAGAGUUUGCUAAAUUAGUUUGGCAAAUGUAUUGGAAGAAUUGCUAUUUUUCAUAGGCUUGUCUUGUACGACGGAAUAUUUGAUGAAACCAGUAAUGACAGUUUUCUUUCUUUUUUUUCCAUUGUAGGGAGAAUGAAAAACUGUAGUCAUUAUUUUGCGAUUGAUUUUUGCCUUUGUUUAGUCUCCGACUUGGGAGUUUUUGCUGUUUAUGAAGCUAAUGCUUUCAGUAUUUCUUCUGACUGUUUUAGUGAAGUUCCAUCUAGAGAUGAUUUUUGACCUGCGUGUCGCAUUUGUACUUUUUCACUUUCUAGUCACAUUUGUAAUUACUGAUAUUGAGCGGCCUCUUAAUAGAUGAUGUAAUUCUUUGGUUGUUCUUUAUUUUGCCUGCCAGUCUUUCAAGGCAACUCGACCUGAAGACGUAACGUUCACUUUCUGCUGGUGAUCAUAAAAUGUAAGAGACGUCACUGUUUGUGUCGGUUUGUAAUCUGUGAUUUCACACUGUCGUAACUACUUAUUUGCAAUAUAUUGUCAGCGUAAGAAAUCUGUGGCUUAAUUUCAGUUAUUGAAAUGAUUUGAAAUUAUCUUUUGAUUCCUUUCUGCAUACGGAAGAAAGGAAACGUCUGCCAGUGGUCAUCAGAAAGAUUGUUGUAACCCUAAUUACCAUAUCAGGAUGUUCAAUCAAACACUGUUCAGGGAAUCAACCUAUGAAUGGUUUACUUAUAGUUGCCUCUUCACAUUAAACUAGGAUAGAAGAAAUUAUUUAACAUUGAAAUUGCACCUUUAACAUUCUGGCCAGAAACAUACUUGCGUACUAUGCAAGUACGUGAACACAGAUGUGAGUGCUUAGCCAACGCCUGAUUGAACAUGCUUAACGUGCGUUCUUGCAUUACUGUGGCGGUAACCAACCCUAGUACUCAAGGGGACGAUAGAGUUAUCUUGAAAAGUCAGUGCCAUAACACUGGAUGUGUUAAUAUUCAGGGAAGUUGCUAUAAAUUUACUGACUUAAUCUUGCUCAGCAACAUUCUCUUCAAACUGUUGCUCCACCAUGACAGUAGCUGACUUUAAAUAGGAAACUCGCCAUAGAAGUGGAUAUUCACACUGAUGUUCACUAUAGUGUCCCUUGCAGCAAUGUUGAGAAUGCAACGCUUGCGUUAAGUUAUUAAUUGCGGUCUGACGAAUUUUGUAACGCAACAACACACGCAAAUCGACCUUGCGUUUCUAGAAGUGUCUGCGAUUAACUACUUGCUUAAAGUAUGCUUCGGCCAUUAUUAGUCAUGAACAAAGCAGUCAUUGCAUUAAAUAUUGUUAUCAAUAAUGAUUAUCAGAUGACGAUUUUGAAACAUAAGCACCGCAAAUCAUUGCCAGCAACACAUUGUGUCUCCCAUUAUUUAUACUGAAAUGAUGGUGACAGGGAAACCAUAAUGUAAAGAUAUUAGCCAAAGUUAUGCUUUAAAUUUGGUCUUAAAGAUGUACAAUAUAUGUUGUAGUUUGAUGCCAUUGUCUGUGGAAUUAAAGGAAUAUUUUGGGUUCAAUACAAGUUAAGCUUAAUUGACAGCGUUUGCGGCAUAAUGUUGAUUACCACAAAAAUGUAUUUUGACUCGUCCCUCCUUUUCUUUAAAAAAAAAAGCACAAAUCUGGGUUACAGUGAAGCACUUACAAUGGAAGUCAUUGGGGCCAAUUUGAAGGUAAAAUACUGUUUCAAAAGUAUAGCUACAAUACAUGAAGGUUAUGCACGUAAACAUGAUUUUAGUGUGCUCUGUGUAAAGUUAUAGACAAUUUUACAACUUCGUUACCAUGAGGAUGUAAUGUCAACAAACCCUAAAAUUCUGUAAAAAUUACGAUUUAAACAACUUUACAGCUCAAAUAAUACUUGAGUUUUAACAGAAGAAUUAAUAUAAGUGCUUUUAUAAAAUUAUAAGCUUCAAAUUUAUGCUUUUAAACCCUCCAAAAAUUGGCUCCAUUGUAAGUGCUUCACUUUAACCCAGAUUUGUGCUUUUUUUUUAAAGAAAAGGAGGGAUGAGUUGAAAUUCAUUUUUGUGGUAAUUUAACAUUAUGCCACAAAUGCUGUUGAUUGAGCUUAAUUUGUAUUAGAUCCGGAAUAUCCCUUUAAUAUUUAUCUAAUACCUAUUAGAUAUUUUUUCUGUCAUAUAUAAACAUGCUACAAAAUUGGCUAUGAAUUUAAAUUUAAAUUUUUUUUUUUUUUUUAUUUGUUGUUCUUUUGUGUGUGUGUGUGUGCAAAAUUCUUUAUAAAAAAAAAAAACCUACAGGGCAGAAUCAUUUUUUUUAUAUCGAAUAUUGAUAAACACCAGCAGAAAUUCUAGAAAUAAUGUUUUGAUAUUUUAAAACUGCAUAUUUAAAGGCUCACAAAAGGAACACAACAGAGACGUUUUUGUGCUUUGUUUGUUAUUGAGACGGCAGUACAACACAUUUAAGUGUGUGUAAUACUUACUACUGACUUUAAUGGGUCACUCAGCCUAAUCUCGCCUCUAUCAUACUGAAAUUCUAGGGCCAGAUGGUUUACUUUUUCCUACUUAAAAUAAAAGCCUUGACCAUUUCUGUCAUAUUUUAAGUUCAGAACUCGGAAAUAAAAAUGUAUCGAAACUUUGAGGUAUUCAGAGGGUAGAAACCGCAAGCAAUACUGAAGCCACAGAUAAUACAUAUUGUGAUAUUUUUCAGAGUUAUUCACAUUGCUCAUUGAUCCAAAAAUGCACACACUCCUCACACAUAUUGGCAUCGCAAGGUAAGAGCGGCUUGGGGAACCAGUCCAUUGAGUUUGUUAAAUAAGGGGCUACUAGAACAUUCCGCAAAGUUUAAUUCCUUGAGGUCAACAGCAUGUUUUCUUACAGACGGUCCCUGCUGCCGGUACAGGGGAGUGUCUUUUUUUCAAGUGUAUCACUGACUGUUUGUAAUUUGAUGCUUUGUUUCUCAACCAUCUUUUCAUUAAAUAUAUUUAUAGCCAACCUA